AUGGAAUUGGCGUCCAAAGACGACGCCAAGGGGCGGUGCCCGGCGUGCAGGACGGAAUACGACGAGGACGCCAUCUCGUUCGACGCGGUGCCGGAGGAGGAGCUGGCGGCGAACGCGCAAAGGGCGAAGAAGCGAGAGGGUAAGGCGGGCGCGGCGAACGCGAACGCGAACGGAACGAACGGAAUCAAGGCGGGGAGCGGGACGGGAGCGAACGCGGCGCAGUCGCAGUCGAGGAAACACUUGCAAAACGUGCGAGUGAUACAGCGUAAUUUAGUCUACGUCGUGGGGUUGAGCGCGAGGUGUUGCAAGGAGGAAGUGUUGAGGAAGAAUGACUUCUUCGGCAAGUACGGGAAAAUCCUUAAACUGCAAGUGUCGGUGAAUCGAAACGGGAGUUCGUCGUACGCGGGGAGGAACGCGGAUGACACCGGGAGCGCGUACGUGACGUUUUACGAAGAAAACGACGCGAUGCAGUGCAUUCAACACAUUGACGGGACGCCGCUCGACGGGAGGAUUUUACGCGCGUGCUUCGGGACGACAAAGUAUUGCAACGCGUUUCUGAAGUAUCAGCCGUGCAACAAUCCGGAUUGCCUGUACUUGCACGACAUAGGACGAGAUAACGAUUCAUUCACCAAGGAAGAGAUG